UUUUACCAGCAUAGCGUUUUCGUAUAGCUCCUUUAAAUUGAAUUGCAUCAGUCUCGUGUUAGCAUAUUACGUUGGCAGGUCUUCGUCGCGACUCGCGAGAAUAUUUGUGCGAAAGCAGUUGGCUGUAAAGGUAACUACAUUCAAAAGGAAACUAAUUCCACUAAAUACAACUUGAUUUACAGCACAUAAGAGAGAAUAAUAAGAUGGGUUUCAUCACUGAUGUUGUGAUUCAACUGGCAUUGUUCCUCGUAUUCUCAAUAAACUGUGAAAAUACGACCGGAAUUGGGCACCCAUUGAACCCAGUCUUGAAUGUCACUACGGAAUGCAUAACUUACCGCUACGUUCUAUGCCCCAAGAAUAUGACAGCCAUGACUGUUAUAUUCGAAUAUGAAAAAAUGGAUGAUCCGUAUUCAUUCAAAUCGAACGAUUCGCAAUGUAUUUCCUAUCGAUUCAUUCCGUGUCAAGACGAGCCUUCGCCAGAUCUGAUCCUCGAACAAGAACGACAUCGACAAACCAAAUCAAUUAACGAGAAUGAACUAAAAAAUUUCGAAAAGAACAAAAAUUUGGAACUGUCUGUCCUGGAAAAUAAAUUGAACUGCUUAACCAGUCAAAUAACGCAAUGUGAAAUUUCCCAGAUUAUUUCGAAGGAAAACAUGAAACAGCUGAAUGUGUCUGAAAACGAGAAGUUUGUCCUGCAAAGAGACAUAAACAACUUAACCGACAGAAUAAAGCAAUGUGAAACAUCACGUCAAAGAUCAGAUGAAAAUUUGAUAUUGUGCAAAAAACUGGCAUAUGAUUUAACCGUCCUAAAUGCUGAUUGCGAGGAAAUGAAAAAAACGGAAGCUAACCCAAAACCCCAAGACGACAAAAAAAAGUUGGGCCAAAUAUAUCAGGAAAUCAUUAACAAUGAAAUUAAACGCAUCUAUACUUCCAUCGCUAAAGCUUUUGAUACUCCUUUUUCGGGAGAAUUAGGCGUACAAAGUUACACCCUUUACCAAAUGGGCCGUAUGAGCAUCAUACCAAAACCGAAUAUACAACCACUUGUGCCCCAAUACGACAUAGUUUUCAACCAUGUCGCAUCGAUAAGUUACAACCUCGAGAUUCAACCGUGUAAUAAGCAAUCAGCAGACAGCAGCCGUAGCGUCUUUAUUGCCGUGGUAUCUGCACCUGGAAACCGAGAAAGGCGAAACACAAUUCGAAAUACGUGGAAAAAACAUGCCGAUAAAAAAAACGUGCUGGGCAUCACGAUUGAGUUUGCUUUUGUUUUGGGACCAGCAAAAGAUGAACCAACCAAAAACAGUGUUAUAGAAGAAAGCAAAAAAUAUGAAGAUAUCAUUCAGAUUUCGAAAAUGCCAGCAGAAUUUCCAAGUCAUAUGACGAUGCCCGGGGUUUUAAAUUGGAUUAAUUAUCGCUGUUCCGAAACCGAAUUUCUAUUUAAAGUCGAAGAUGACAUGUAUGUCAACGUACACAAACUAGCAUACUUUGUUCGAGACUUUAAAAAUUUCGGCAAUAAUGGCACUUUGGCCAUUUACAGUCAGAUGGUGAAUGAGAGUAUUGAUGGCCAGCAAAACCAGCCCAAGCCAAAGAGAAGUGGGGAAAAUAAUAUUUCGUUAGACGAUUGGCCGUGGAAUACGUAUCCGAAUUACUUUGAUGGGCCUGCCUAUUUGAUGCAUAAAAGUACCAUCCUACCACUUUUGGCAGCCAUUCAAACAACGCCUGUCUAUUCCUUUGUUGAAGAGGUCUACAUCACAGGAAUUUGUGGCGAUAAAGUCGGACUAAAUAGAAAAAUAAGCGGCAAAAGUUUACCAGUCAUGUGGCCACGGGCAUCGGAAAAUGUGACAAAUACAUGUGACGUUCACAAGUUUCUAUCCUGGAAGAAUACGGAAACCAUAACCCACGUGGAAAUCGACGCAUUUUACAGUGGACGCGCUCCCAAUACUCCGUGUGAUUACAAUUACAAAGACAGCCACAAUUUUACAUUUUUCCGUUUGGAUUAAAAAAGUUUUAUUAUUAUUACUUCAUAUUUUUUAAAUCUUUAUCUUCUUUAUAUUCUUUAGACAGUUAUUGAAUACUGUAGUGUGCUGUGGAUUUUUCAUUGGUUUAAACAAAUAUAUAUUUACUCUUGG